AUAUUUAUAUGUAUGAGAUGUUAAAUAUUUAAUUAAGUUAUAAGGUGUGUACAUUUGUGUAUGUGUGUGUAAAAGUAAUGUUUAUUUAUUAUUGUUUGUUGUAAUUGUUUACAAAUAUUGAGUAACAGUAUUGUGUGCAAAUGUUGUACAGUGUGACUGACAUGUUGGGUUUGUAUUCUUUGCAGCUUUACAUGAGUUGGGCGAGUGUAUGGUCAGGAAAGGCAGUCCUGACAAAGGUGAAGCACUGCUUAGUGAAUCUCUAAGUAUCAAGAGGACUGCCUUUCCUAUCGACAAUUCCACCAUUGCUGCCACCUUGAGUUGGUUAGCAAGGAGUUUGAAGGACCAACACAAAUACCGUGAUGCCAGUCAGACGUACGAAGAGCAACUUGAAAUCGAGAAACAUUUAGGGCCUGGUCGUGAAGCCAGUAUUGCAACAGCAAGGAAGAACCUGAGUCUUUGCAAGGAAAAGCAAGCUGCCGUUGCAAAACAGACUCGUGAUCAUCAGCAAGAUAUUGAAACUGGAAGUGAUAGACAACAAGAUGAACAAACAACGAAAAGUGAAUCUGCUGAUUCAAGUGUGUCAACUCUAACAUCUGGAGUUCGUCAACAGUCACAAGCAUGUAGUCUUGAUGAUGAGUUGAGUUCUCACCUGUUAGUGAGAGUUGCUCAUAAAAUAUCUCACAGCUGGGAGAAAUUCGGGUCUUUUCUGUCAGCAGAUAUGUUUCCUACAAACAGAACGGACGUCAUCACUGAUAAAUACAGAGAUCCAUUCUUGCGUGCUAAAGCCAUGUUAGAAGAAUGGAGAAACGCAAUGGGCAGAAGAGCUACUUGUCACUUGAUUGUUCAAACGCUUUUGGAGAUGCGUUUGAGGAAGGAGGCAUGUGAUAUAUUUGGUUAUGAUGUAGUAGAACUCAUUUAUCCAAACAAAUAAUUAAGGUAAUUAUGUGUCACGUGACUUUGAUUUAGGGACAUAUCUUUAUGUCAUAAUUUUAAAUUUAUUUGUAACCGCGCUGUAAAGUAUAGCGAUGUGCUAUCAAUCAAAUUGAACAAUAAUAUCUGUAAACAAUAGUUUAUCGAGAUUCUGUUCAACAUGAUAUCCGUAUUACUGGAAUUGUAUAUUUCGUUUGUUGCAUCAAAUCAAGGAAAAUGAUUGAAAGCAAGACAG